ACUUGAAGGGGUUUGAUACAAUAACUUAAAAUAAAAAACGAGAAAACACCGUAUCAAUCAAAUUCUGCGGAGGGGUUGAAUUUGUUGCUCUGAAUCGGUAAAAAUGGGCUACAUAGAUGAAGCCAGAGAGAAUCACGUUAAGAAGAAGGUCGAAGAAGCUUUGCGCAGUAAGAUGAAACAGAAAGCACUGAAAGAAUGUGAUCAAUACGUGUCCAAAUAUGCUGAAUGUGCUGUAGGCAGAACACUGUCCGUUGUUUGGACAUGUCGUGGUCAAGCUAAGGAAUUGAAUACAUGCCUCCAUCAAUACACAAAUGAUUCUGUGUUGGAAAAAAUGAAGAAAGAAUACAUGCUCCAACAGGAAGGAAAGGGGUCUUUAAGCCUUUGAUUCAUUUUCCUACUGAUGAUUGGAGUAUUUUAGCUUCUGCAAGAAGAAAGUCGCUAUGGGGCCUAUGACUUCGUUAUAUCAUGCAUAUGGCAUGAUCAGUGUCUCUGCAAUCUUAGUUUCAUACCGUGCUUUUGUUCUUUAAUUGCCACAAUAUAUCCCUAUGCCUGUAUUGUCUUUACAUUUGGGAGGUGAUGAAUUUCUAAUUAUUAUAGGAUAUGGAUACUUUAUCUUA